CUCUAGUUUUCCACCACUAACCCAGCUUCUUUCUCUCUCAAAACCAUAUACUAUAUAUUCCCAUUGCUAUCAUCGUCGUCUCGUCGCCGCCUUCGUUAUCGCCGUCAUCUGUCACCAUUACCUGCCGCUCGCUGUCUUCCCGCUCAACUCCCUCUUCCAUCCAUACAAUUACCACCACCCGCAUCUACUUGAUCGUGGCCGGAUGCCUGUCCUUCACAUUGAUUUUGUCCCCGGUCUUUAGUCUCUGUCGAUACUCGCUUCCCCUUGUCUGUGCUCCUUCGAGCUACUGCCCGCUCCCAUGCCCUUUCGCUGCCGUCUUCCGACCAAGGUGGUACAUUUGACACCCUUCACCUUCGUCCUCCCCUGUCUCGGAUCCUCCCAGUGGGCCUUUCGCCGUUUGCUUAUUCUCUAGCUGAAUAUCGGAAAUCGUUCCGUACCAUCUUAAACCUUUCUCAUGCAGGUUCGUUAGUGGUCAUACUUAGCUUUCCCCGAGUGGUCGUUCUCGACUCUCUUUCCUUCCAUAUGCCGGGGUGUCUAGCCCCUCUAGUGAUUGCCCACGGGCGCAACAUGCUCACAGUCGUCUUCUUCAUCUCCUAUGAAGAUAUCAGAUCAUCAUGUGAAACAUGUUUUCUAACUCUACAAACCUCAGCACUUGCAGGCUUCGGCGCACAAAUCGGAGGUUGACGGAGAAUCCUCGACGCGAAGAGGCCAUAUAUCAAUAAGCGACCCCGGCCAUCAUGUUACGGAGGCUAUUGGCCAUAUGUAUGAUGACGACUAUGAUCAGAGUGAUUCACGCCGUCUCAGCUAUCUUUGCACCCCGCUGACCGAGUCGAUCUCCGUCUCCCCUAUUUCCAGAACGUCCUCGAAUCCUCAGCAUCCAGAUGAAGCCCACUCUCUUCAGGCGAAUGGGCGCUCGCGACCACCAGCCAUCAGAUCCAAAUCGUAUGACAAGGACCACAAUAUGGGCUCGUCCGGGUCAGAUCGAUCACCGGGAGGAACAGCAACCUCGUCGUUUCCACUCAAUGACAUCGAUUACGAGUCAGAUCCUGCCGCCGUAGCCCAAGAGCUCAGCAACUUAGCUGCGAUUCGCCGGAUGUCCAUGGAUGCAGUAGCUACGGGCGAUCCUGAUCUUCCCUCAUUUUCCUCCGAUGCCUCGGUUUCUUUGCCCCCUUCCCCGUCAGCAGACGAGAAUGAUGCGUCCCGACUCUUCUGGGUUCCGGCACGUUUGCACCCCGAACUAGCACCUAUGGAAUUCAAGUCGUUUCUUGAGAGUAAGGCAGAGCAAAUCAAGCGGAGAUCUGGCGAUAGUUCCUUGUUGGGCAAAGACCUAGGCAAGAGUCUACAAAGGAAAAGAUCAAAGCUGUCCAGGCAGAUUGACAACCCUGUUGGUUAUAUGGACGGCGCCGAGCGACUAGAGCGCAAACGAUCUGAUUCGAAAAGGAGCCCGAAUCUGCAAGAUUUGGAGACGCUGGUGGACAACUCGAAGCAACUCAACAAGGAGGCCGCUUCUCUUUUGCAAGGGAUUCAAAAUCUCGAUAUUUCUGCCGAUGAAGAUAGACCUAUCCUCCCUCCUGCACCCCCUGGCCACAGCCUCAGACGAUCUACCAGAACCCAAUACCGGAAAGGAGGCUCAAAGAAAGGCGAGAGGCCGCUAUAUUCCAAGCGACAUGCGAGGACGUUAGAUGGGACUGACACAGCGAGCAACCAGUCGUCACUCGGUCGAGUCUCAACCGAUCCUACCCCGAGCGCAGGUAGGGGGCAAUCUUCAUCUUGGCCUCACCGAAGUCCUGCGAAUACUCCAAGCGAUCCUGCAAGUCAAACGCCCGGCCCGGCCUUGGACCAUAACGAGUCGAGGAACGGGCCCACACAGUUCAUUAGCUCACAGUCUAGUUCGUCUUCAAGUCAGGAGGACUCAGGAGAUAGGCAAAAUGCGCCAGGUCAACGAAAACAGAGACAGUCUCAUACCAGUACCAAUGGCCGAUCUAUCGCGCAGCAUUCUCCGUCGACGCAGGGAGAUGUCUCAGCGGUCGGAGACACAUUGUCAGUUAGACCUAGUCCGCCUCCUGGCAUCUCAACCCAGCAGAACCACAGACAGGAAGAGCACGCUUCUACUGGAUCCUCAACGCAAGAGAAUACUACGAAAUGGUCGAGCCGUGCACGUCAUUCUACGAAGGAGAGCCGGUCGACACUCAGUGGAAUCGCCAAUACUCCCCAGGCCCUACCGGGCAACAACACCAGAACCGACACCCUUUCGAUAAUCCCUACCAUGACUGAAGACAAAAAAUCAGAAAGUAAGAAGUCGAAAGAUAAGAAGGAAGAGGGUGGCAGAAAAUCAAGUUGGCACUGGCUCCUGGGCAGCGACGAAAAGGACAAAGAAAAGAAAAAAGACAAAGACGGUGAUUCAAAGAAACAUAAAAAUAAAUCUGCCGAAAAGGUACACGAUGCUGCGCGUCUGGACGUUCUACAGUCAUCCAUCGACGGAGGUCAGCGAGGUCGCGAGAGCUUGAUCCUGGAUCGAUCCGAGCAUAAAUUGGAGGAAGAGCGCCGGAAGGAUAGCGCCAAGGGAUUGCUGGGAGACUCUAAGAAAGAGAAGGAAUCUGGCCUGUUCUCAUCGAUAUUUGGUGGCGUGAAGAAGAAGAGCAACGGGGAUGGUCAUCACAAAAAGCACGUCUCGCGGAAUCUAUCCCCCGACCCUCCUGUUCGUGAGCUUCGGCCAGAUAUCGACUACGCUUGGAGCAGGUUUUCGAUCCUUGAAGAGCGAGCGAUCUACCGAAUGGCGCAUAUCAAACUCGCAAAUCCUCGACGAGCGCUUUACUCUCAAGUUCUUUUGAGCAAUUUCAUGUACUCCUACCUUGCGAAAGUGCAGCAAAUGCAUCCAACAAUGAUGAUGGCCGCAGCAGCUGCACAGAGGCAGCAAAAAUCGGACCAAACGGACGAGUAUCUGCAAUAUCAGAGAUACCAAGAGCAACAGAUGCAAUUUGACGAUAAUGCCUAUGACAAUCCUCAAAUGUAUGAGUACGAUCACGACAACAGGCAUGACGCUUACGGAUCGAGCCGUUCGCACAGUUAUGAUAGUGGAAGUGCAUAUGGCCCGGGGCAUUACCAGCAGUAUAAUUAUGCAAACCCGGCAUAUGCCGGACAAAACCAAUUAGAUGACGAUGACGAUGACAUGUUUUAAGGGAAGCUAGACCGCCAGUAACUGGUGUUUCUCUGCUGCUAUUUUUGUUUAUUCUCGAGCGCGCGGAAAAUACCCUUGAUUUUUGUGAAGCUCCAAGCCGUUGAUAGAAUUGCACACUGACGACCGAUAUUCUUCUCUUGUCCCGCCUUCUUUCUGGCUUCUGGCGAGACGAGAAGGCUAAUGUUCAUAUUGUUAUAUACACCAGGGAAACUGGAGUAAACUGCCAGGACUGAUGCCGUCCAAGGGCCGCAGUCUAUUUCAUUUGAUAUACUGCUGUCCUUGUCAUCAUUGUGCCCUUUAAGACACCUUAGGUACACAACCGAGCAUAUUCUUGAUCUUGACUCUGCAUACGGUCUGGUACCCGGGAAGUCUGGCACAUUGUCCGAUUUCUGACUUUGCAUAGCGUCUGCGUUGGGUUUUCUUUGGUUCUCGUUUCCCUGUUAGUACUGCGGUCAUGGUCUAUGAAAUCUUCCGACAAUUUGGCAUUGACCUCACUUUGUGAUAGUCCAAGCAAAGCUUAGGCCUUUAGAUUCCAUAAUUAUGGAUUCCGGUAACAGUUCUGCGUCUCCUUCCCAUUUCGUAAAAGCAUCGGAUAAUCCUCGCUCAUUCGUUCAAGGGAAUUUAGAUAGAUCUUUUUGGUGAGAUUCUUCGAUAAUCUUUU